AUGGCGAACUUAGAAGUCUAUUCAGCUUAUUUCGACGAUCGCGAAAAUUCUCUUUUUACCUCAAAUCCUUCAGUUCAAGUGAGUCGUGAAAAGGCUCUUCUUGUAUUAUCAAAACUCAUAUUUUUAAUGAAAUUCCGAUCACAGGUUUUGGUGAUGAGUGCUCACAAAAUCGAAGGAAAGAGAAUAAUAUAUUGCAACAUUUUCACGGAAAGUGGCCGAUAUGCCGUUACAAAAGGUUACGUCCGUGAAAUUUGGCAGAGAGGAUGGGAUCCCAGGCAAGUCUUGUUUUUAGCCAAUUUCCAAUUUCCAUUCAGAGAUACGUUUUAUGUUCCAAACCUGGUAACAUGUCCUGUGCCAAAGAGGAUUUCUGAGUACACCAAUCUCGUUAUUUCCCUUUCGAGAAGACGGUGUCGAAAUGAGCUCACAGCUAUGACAGUGGUGUCAAAACCACAAGUCUCCCACAAGAAAGCCGUGGCUGUCUGUCUCAAAGGCCUGGACUAUCAGGUCAGUUUUUUUGAAAGUCUUUCUAUUUCGAUGAUCAGUUCCGUUUUUCUAAAAAAUAUUUUUCCCCGGACAGCAGCGAUCUAGACGGACUUUGCACUGCGGCUUCUGGAGUGGUUCGAGGCGCAGUUUCUAUUCGGCGCAGACACAAUCGGAGUUUACACUUACUUUCUCGGGCCAUCCACUCGCAAAGUAUUGGAGCACUAUGAACGCGAAGGGAAAAUCUCUGUGGUUAGUCGUUUUUCCUCAACAAACCUUCUACUUUAUUGUGAGACCUUAUAAAAGUUUUCUCAAUUGUAGUAACCAAAUUUUUUUCUUCAAUAGUGUACAUAAACUAUAUAACGCAUUUUACAUGGCUCAAAACACCAUGACGUGUUCGCGCUUUCUCUUCACACGAUGUAGUGUUAUUUCCAUCAUUUUACGACCGUUUGCUAGAAAAGAAGACAAAAAUAGGUAAGUGAAGGCGUGGCGAUUGGGGUAUACGUAAUUUCAGAGUCACCUUGAAAAUAUUGUUCCCCACUCUGCUAAUAUAUAGUGAAAUUAAGGGAUAGAUAAUAAAAAACUAAAGUCAAACUAAUUUUUCGUUGCAAAAGAUAAACCUGUUUUCGUUAGAAAAAAAAACCUUUUAGACUUCUUUGCAACUGCCUGGCAAUGCACCUAACGAACCACGCAAAAGAAGUAAAUUUAUCUCUGAGAACCUCGGCCAAAAACGCCGGAAUGAACUUAUUCCAUAUAACGACUGCUUCUACAGGUUUCAAUUUUCGUCUUUCAUAUGGCCCCCAAUAUAGUUUUUAACUAUGGAUAGAGAAAUUCAGACAUAUUUUCACACAUCGAUACGUCCUGAUAAUUGACACCGACGAAGUUGUGGUCCCACUGAAGCACAAAAACUACGAAGCUAUGCUAGGUGCAGUAGAGUCGCGGGAUAAACGUCGGCUCUCCUCGAUCAUGACGAGCAACGUCUUUAAAUUUCCUUCAAAUACAUCCCUAUACCCGGCCAACGCCUACAUGCUGAGUAACAGACAGAGGACGCGUAAAUCCAGUGGACCGAGGAACUAUGGAAAAAGCUUCUGCAGGUGAUCGCCUUUCGAUGCUCCGCCAAUUGCAAAGUUCAGCACCGACACAGUCGCGACUGUUUUCAACCACUUUGCGCUGCACAAACUCGACUUCGACGUCGCCAAGGCGCUAUAUUUGGAUGAGAAUGUCGCGAUCAAACUGCACUACAAGACGACGUGCCCGGUCGAGCUGCAGAGCGAAUGUGCCGCGUUGCAGAGCGACACUGUUGUCGACCAUAGUCUUGAUCCCUUCGAGCAAAAACUUUCUCAACGGGUUUGGAAAAUCCAACGGUUACUUAAUUUAUGA